UGUGCUGCUGAGCGAUUGCCGAGUGUUUUACUGAAGAGUUUUUCCCCCCCCCUCCUUUUUUGUACACCCGCCUCCUGUGAUACCGUGAAGCCAGCAGAAGCAAGGAAAAUAAGGGCAGAGGACUAGGAGCAGGCGGAGGAGAUGGCAAGUGUUAAAAACGUGGAAGAGGGAAUUCUUACAUCUGCUUCGUUUUUUACAGUGUACUCUUGUGCCUUAGGCAUAUUCGUAUGUUUGAGCUCUGCUUUAUGAACAAGGGAAGAGGACUAACAACUUGCCUGAAAAGAGUUAUCAUCAACCCAAGGGAGAAUUUCUGUCUUAAAGCCACUACAAGAAAGGACCACUAUAAAAGCUGGUUCUGCUCAAGGCUGCUGUCCUGCUUUGUCUAUACUUUUCUAGUCUUAGUGGGUGAUGUCACAACAUCUUUAACAUUCAGGCUCCCAAAAUCCACUAGGCAGGAGCAUUUCAAAGCAAUCAUGGAUGACUAUGAUAUCAGGUCUGCUGCCAGCAUUUUAGCCUCUGUUAAGGAGCAAGAGGCUCGUUUCGAGCGGCUUACCCGUGCACUCUUGCAACUUGAGCGUGCCAAUCAGCCGGCAGACCGAAUGAGCAUUUGCAACAUUGGCAAUGGUCAGCCACUGGCAACCGCCUGGCAGCAGCUUGUACUGCAGGAACAAAGCCCCAGCAACCAGACAUCAAUAGCAAUGAUGCAAGAACCCCAAGAGAUGGUGGAAGAGACCGUUACUGUGGAGGAAGACCCAGGCACUCCCACUUCCCACGUGUCUAUUGUCACUUCUGAAGAUGGAACCACGAGGAGAACUGAAACCAAGGUUACCAAAAUGGUCAAAACGGUCACCACUAGAACAGUGCGUCAGGUCCCGCUUGGGCCUGAUGGCCUGCCGUCGAUGGAUGGCUCGUCUCCCAUGGGCAGCUACACAGAUUCGAUAGACAGAAGGUACAUGAAGAAUGGGGAGCGGUACAUCACACCACAAGCAUCGUCCACGUUAACCAGAUCUUACAACAGCUACAAUGAUUCUUACCCUGACAGCCAUGAAGGCCAGUAUCGCCCUUAUAUCGGUCAUGACGGUUACGGAGAUCUAGCCGAUAACUACGGCAGCUUGUCCCGUGGUGUCAACUACCGUCCUCGCUAUGCCUAUGUGCCAGGGAACAGUUACCGGCCAGAGGAUGGUAGCUUCACUUUACCGAGCAGAAGGGAUAACUACGGUCCUAUUGCCCAGCCUCAGGUGCCAGUGGGCAGCAACAUUGACUUGAACCGCUCUCAGCCAGAACGCUUCCAGCCAGAGCCCUAUGGACUGGAAGAUGAUAACCGCAGCCUUGGAGUAGAUGAUGAAGGAUAUGAACUGGAUCCAGAUUACUCCACUGUGAACCGGAGGACAUCUGCAGGUGUGCCAGAGAGAGGAAGACCUCACAAAGGAAGGGGCUACGAUGACCCCAUCGAGACAGAGAUGGUUGAAGAGAGGAUCCCUUACCUUCACGGUGGCUAUGCAGCACCACUGGCACAGCCAGAGAGAGGAAGCAUGGCUAGCAUUGACCGCCUGGGGAAGCGCUCCCCCUCUAUUGACAGCAUUCGUAAAGACCCUAGGUGGAGGGACCCUGACCUCCCUGAAGUAAUUGCCAUGCUCAGCCACCCUAUUGAUCCGGUCAAGUCCAACGCCGCAGCCUACCUGCAGCACUUGUGCUACGAGAACGAUAAGAUCAAAAAGGACGUGAGGCACCUUAAAGGGAUCCCUAUCUUGGUAGGCCUACUAGAUCAUCCAAAACCAGAGGUCCAUCGCAAAGCUUGUGGGGCUCUCAGAAACAUCUCCUAUGGGAAGGAUAAUGAAAACAAGGUGGCUAUAAAGAACUGCGAUGGCAUCCCGGCUUUGAUCAGACUAUUGCGAAAAACAAAUGACAUGGAAGUCAGAGAGCUAAUUACAGGCACCCUGUGGAACUUGUCCUCCUAUGAGCCCCUGAAGAUGGUCAUCAUCAACCACGGUCUGCAGACGCUCACCAACGAGGUGAUUAUACCCCAUUCCGGCUGGGAGAGUGAGCCAAAUGAGGACUCAAAACCUCGCGACGCUGAGUGGACAACUGUCUUCAAGAACACUUCUGGCUGCUUACGGAAUGUAAGUUCAGAUGGAGCAGAAGCACGCAGAAGACUAAGAGAGUGUGAUGGCUUGGUGGAUGCCCUUCUUCAUGCUCUACAGUCUGCAGUCGGCAAGAAGGAUACAGACAAUAAGUCUGUGGAGAACUGCGUGUGCAUCAUGCGGAACCUUUCAUAUCAUGUCCACAAAGAGGUCCCCGGAGCUGAUAAGUACCAAGAACUAGACGCCAGUCAGACUGUGAGCACAGGAGGCUCCCAGAAAAAGAAGAAAGAUGAUGCUGGCUGUUUCGGUGGGAAAAAAGCUAAAGAGGAGUGGUUCAAUCAAGGAAAGAAGAAUGGAGAUUUGGACAGGAAUUUUGAUACACUUGAUUUGCCGAAGCGAUCUGAAACAGCAAAAGGCUUUGAAUUACUGUACCAGCCAGAUGUGGUUCGGCUGUACCUCUCCAUCCUCACCGAAAGUCAGAAUUUUAACACUCUGGAAGCGGCGGCAGGGGCUUUGCAGAAUCUCAGUGCUGGGAACUGGACAUGGUCCACGUACAUCCGUGCAACAGUGCGGAAGGAGAGAGGCUUACCAGUGCUUGUGGAGCUGCUCCAGUCCGACUCCGACAAGGUUGUGAGGGCUGUGUCAAUUGCCCUGAGAAAUCUUUCCAUGGAUCGUCGCAAUAAAGACCUUAUAGGUAGUUAUGCCAUGGGUGAACUGGUAAGAAAUUUGCCCAGCAGGCAGCAGAGAUCUUCAAAGAACCUGGAAGAGGAUACAGUGGUUGCGGUGUUGAAUACCAUCCAUGAAAUCAUUACUGACAGUUCAGAAAAUGCAAGGUCGCUGAUCCAGACACAGGGCAUUCAGAAGCUGGUAGCUAUCAGCAAGUCAAGCCAGUCUCCCAGAGAAACAAAAGCAGCAUCUCACGUUCUUCAGAUGAUCUGGAGCUAUAAAGAGCUACGAAAUGCCCUGCAGAAGGAUGGGUGGAACAAGUCACACUUCCAGUCCGUUUCUGCAACUCCAAAGGGUUCCAAAGGUACCGCUGGCAGGUCUGGCUAUGACGACAGCACUUUGCCCCUGGUGGAUAAAAGUCAAGAUAACGAGAAGUCUGGGAGUCGUGAUAUGAUACCUAUGGAUGAACUUGGCCCAGAUGGGUACUCCACUAUCGAUCACCGGGACAAGGAGCGCAAAUACAAGACCAGUGAUAACACCGGGGAUGCCUCAGAGAAAGAACCUUUAAAAAAUGACACAAAUAGGAAAAACAUUAACAGGAGUAACAGGGCUUCGGUGAAUCUGGUGGAUGCCCGUGACAUUAAACCCCAGCCUGUUGACUCCUGGGUCUAAUUUGCAUGCAUGGGCUAGAGUCCAACCACUUUUUUUUAAUUGAGGGGGGAAAAAAAAAAAAACACUGAACCGACAUGGAGGAUUUCAUCAGUCACCACUGCCAUUCAGACUUGGAAGGCGCUGCAUCACUGACCAGGCUGCAGAUUCUAGGAGGGCAUGGGGAGAAAACACAGCCGCCUGCCGUCGCCAAUGCCGGAGCACCAUGCCUUACAGCGAGACAGUUUGCUUUUUGACUCAGUCCCAGCAGACAUAGCCGCCUCCCCCUCCCUCCCUCUCCUGUGAGAAGAAAGCAAGCAAGAACUGAGAAUCCAAGCUUCCAUCUAGCUGGCUGCCUUCUUAGAUGACUCUUACGUGCGGAUGGUGCCAAGUAUGAGAAGCGAAGGUCAUGCGGCAGCAAAGAGGACAACUUCACGAGUGAAAGAGAUACUGCAGAAUAUUUGAAAUAUCAUAGGUGUAGUCAUGAAGAUAAUAGCACUUUUCUGGUUUGGGGCUCUUUCUUUGUUUUGGGUUUUUUGUUUUGGGUUUUUUUUUUUUUUUAACUGUGACUCUAACAUUUUUAAGGCUUUUCGACAGAUGUUGAGGGUUUUUUUCAUUAUUUCCACAGGAAGUGCAGGAAUGUUGAGUGGGUAUGUUGGAUUUCAAUCAAAGGAGAAAAUACAGAACAAAAACUAUUAAAAGCUGGUUGAAUGAACUGGAGAGUAGAUGACAAAAUUGCAAGCUGUAUAAUCUGCUUUUAGAGUAAGCUAUAUCAAUCUCAGUGCUAUAUUAUCAUUAUAAUCUGGUGUACAAUACUUCUGCCGUUUGAAUUCUGUAAUGGCUCUGUUUUUACUUCCACGUACAACAAACAGUUUAUUGAAGGUUUUGAUGUCCCCAGUUCAGAAAUCUCUGCUGAGAAAUGGAGUUGGCUGGCUUUUUAUUUUCUUUUUCUCAAAGAUUGCAGUAAGGAGCUUUGGCAUUUUAAAUGUACCAGUGUUGCAUUGAUGAUGAUUUAUUCUCUAACAUUACUACUUCUGCCAUAGCUGUUAACACAUUGGAAGAAAACAAGAGCUUCUUUGUAGAAUGUUUUGUUUUGAAAACACUAUAAACUUUAGAUGGGUCUAUCAUUUAUAUUUGAUGGUAACUCGAUCACUGUUGGAUCUAUGUUUGCUUUGAGCUAUAUACAUCCUUGAUGAAAAAUGCCACAAAGGGAACUAGUUUGGAGUUUUGUAAAUCAUCAUCCUGGUUUCUGUGUUGCUGUGGUUUUGUUUUGAGAUUACAUAUUUCAGUUGGUGUGAAAAUCACCCAUGUGCAAAGGUUCUCCUCUAAGGUGCCGAGGCCUGCUCUGUGUAAGGGGGAAUUUUUACCUUAUGAGACCAUAAUCUGCAUAUACAGUGUCUGGAAAUGCCGUGAACUAAAUGACUUCAGAUCACUGAUUUUCUCCAGGCAUUGGUCAAGGAAGGGCAGCAGAUGAGAACAGGAAGUGAAUGUCUCAUUAGUAGCAUUAGAUGCCUUUUGCUGGGUUGUUUUUUUUUUGGCCAUUAUUCUUUGGUUGCCACAUUUAUUCCUGAACAAGCUCCUAAAAACAGUGUGACUGGAAAGCACAUUUUUUAAUCUGGCAAAUGACAAUUUGGGGUUUUCAGUGCCUGCCGAUUCCUUUAUACUUAAAAAGGGGAAAUACCCAACAACCUCACCUCCCACAAAAUAUUACUGUAAUAGUAAACACCUAAUUUUUUUGUAAAAAAUUAAAAAACUUUAAAAAAAAAAAAAGCAAGUACCAAGAGCUUUGUAUCUUCUUGAGUAUAUUAAAAAUUUGACAUGAAUACAUAUAUAUAAAUAAAUAAAAAUAUCUAUAUAUCUAUAUAUAUAUUGUUGUGCAGAGGAUAGGUUGACAAAACCAUGUUAAGUAGUUUGCAGGAGAAGGAUGCAUUUGUUGAUUCAGGGAAAAAGACUGAUGCCAGAAGCUGUCAAUGAUUUGGAUGAUACAUGUGCUCCUUUGCCCCCUCCCUUUCCAGACCUUCAUCUUCCAUGCAUGUUGCAGUGGUCACUUCUGGAUCCUAGGGAAGGUGAAGUUGCUGGGAGCAAACUAAGAUAGCAAAGAUCUGUCUUUUCACCUGCAUGAGAGUCCUUUUGAGCCAAAGAUGCUCAGUGGAUCAAGGGAAGCAAAGAGAUAUAUCUGUGAUUAUCUGCAUUUGUGUCAGGGGCAGUGUCUCUCUAUGUGUAGACAUAAAGUGUGGCAACAAAACCAGAUACAUAGUUUGACUGUAUAUUCUAUCAAUGGUGCUCUUUUCAUACUUGUUCUGCCAAUACGCGGAGACCCUUUUAACCAAGCUACACAAAAGAGUUUUAUAUCACUUUUGGUUAUGUACUUGGUGUAUUCUUUUUGUAUAUGAAAGGAUUUUUUUAAAAACGUUCAGUAAUUAGCAAUGGAACCUGCUUUGUAGCUGAUUAGAACAGCAUAAGAGAAGGGCCGUGCUGUCAGUCUGUCCCUGAUCUACUACUUCAAUCCAUAUAUCUACCAAAGGAGUCUGAGCAAAAGUUCACUUAAAAUAAAGACCUGACUGUUGAAAGGAGUCUCUGCUAAGACUUUGAUUUAGUUAUUGUACAACUAUUCCAAAGCUAGCAAGAGGUUAACGGAGAAAACUGCGGGGGUUGGGGGGGGUGGGGAAGUGAUGUGUCUAGAGGCUAAUAGUCCAUGACCUCCUAACCCAGGUAUCUCAUGGCUCUCAGUGGGGCAGUAGAGUGAUGCUCAAAAUCUGGAUCGGAAUCUACUUUGGCCUCUGUCAUUAAUGGGCCAAGCUAAAACCAUUGAGGAGUAUUUGAGAAGCAAAUCCAGAACCUAUCCCACUUCUCCCCCAAAGUUGUUUUUGUGUUUAUACUGCAUCCUGUGAUAGCAGACCUCCCUAUAUCAGGUUAGAUGGAACUGGCUGCCUGGGGUCGUUGUAGCAAACUGCUCCUCUUUGUUUUCCUGGGUACAGUGUUCAUGGCACCCAGGGUAGUUGAGAGUUCACAACAUGGAUUACUGCUACAUAAAAAAGAUGGUAUACAGAGAGAUCAACAUCAAGUCCAUGUGCCAAGACUUCUGGGAAUCAUGUCUUACCCCCCUCCUUCCUGUGCCUCACAAUAAUGAUUAAUUCCCAAGUAUGUAGCAAUAACCAAUAACCCAUCAAUUGCACUGCAGUGACUUGCCUUUCUCCCCAAACUGUUGUUUGGAAUGAUGAACAAGGAAAGGGGGGUGGGGGCGACUCUAAGUGAGACUGUCACUUUGUAUUAUCAGCCCACCAGCCAAAGGCCAAAGUAAGAGCUUUGAACCUGGUGAAAUAUCUCAUGUUCUUCUUAUCGGUGGCCAAAAGCUCACUUGUGGAAAGCCCUGAUGGGAUGUGUGCCCUCACCUGCCUUUACCUCUCCCCUUGUUGGUGCAAUGUGUCUGGGCUGUUAGGGCUGUUCUGGGAGGUGGGUGAAUGAACCGGUAAACGUUGAGUUUAUUUUAGCAGCAGGGAUCGUAUGUAAAGAAGGGAAAGCGGCAGUGUGUGUGCGUGACUAAAGCUGCAGUAGGGUCUAGAGUCCCCUGCUAAAGGCAGACUGUUUUUUAGGGCUCUGGUAUGUGACCUCCUGUUCUCUUGUUGGCUCCACUGUGAAAACUGGAAGGAAUCUGCUAGGUAGAAGGGAUUUUUACCUACAGAAUUUCUAGUGGGAGGGGUGACUGUGGAAGGAAGAGACAGUGUUGCAGGACUCCUGUGAAGAGGAGAAGGGAAUUUGUUGGCCCAGUAAGGGCUGAGAUAACAUGGGAGAGGAAGGAGACUUUUGAUGGUAAAUAACUGCAGAACUUUGUUCCCUAGGAGGUGGCUUGUACAUCUCCCAAGCAUCUUCACUAAACUAUGGAGACUUAAAAAAAAAAAAAA